GUACAUGGUCAGCCAACCAGACACCGCCAGAAUUGGCGAUGGAGAUGAGACCCCAAGCUCAGGUCCGGUCCAGUGGAUCAGGUCCGUUCCACGUGGGGGCUUCCGUACCGGCUUUCUCUUGCUCCAGCUCGUCAGAGGGCAGCUAACUAGGGCUCCGCUUAUCCUACUAUGUCAAAAUGGCCAUGACCCUCUAUGCUCUUUUUACUCCCUUCCGUCCUCUUCCAACUUCCCAUGCCGAGUCCUGUCCUGUCCAGCAUGCUGCUCCCUCUAUGUUGUCAUAUUCCCAACAGCCAUCUAUAGUCUGCGAUAACCAGCGACCAUGCCCGCCGUGCCUACCAUCCGAUUAACAUUCCUCUACCCUCACCUCUUCCGGGCCGCCCGCUUUGGCGAAUCUUCGGCCCAGAGGGCGAAGCUCCGAUGUCGCAAAUCCUCGAGUAGCUCGAAGCCGCCCCUAGCGGCCGCCACCUUUUCAACUUCGACUUCGGUCAAGCAUGCCGUCUUCGAGAGGCAUGGCACCGCCGUCGAACCGCUACCUGUCCCGCCAGCCGCCGCCAAAACACCCCCUCAGGGGCCAACCCCCGUUCAGCCAAAGCCAUCCAACUCCGCAUCGACCAACAACAAGAGCGCGACAAAUCAGGAGAAGGAGGUAGCACCAGAGCCCAAAAAUGCAGAGAAAGCGAAAACGCAAGAACCCGCUGGGAACGCGGCCAUUCCACAGGCGGCCUCCUCUGGCUCCUCGUCCGUAAACCCACAACAGGUCGCAACCGAAGCCAAGAUACAAGAGAGCGGUCCAAUGAAAGCCGUUUUACACACGCCGCCGCUUGAGUCGUCGCAUCAUCCGCACCUGUCGACACCGCCUUACGUCCACCACUUCGACACCUAUACGCUAGUGAAGCAGCUGACGGACAGUGGGUACACGCAGGCUCAGGCCAUCACGGCCAUGAAAGCCAUCAGGGUACUAUUGGCCCAAAAUAUGGCUGUCGCUCGAGAUGGGCUGGUUAGCAAGAGCAACGUCGACAACGAAACUUAUCUCUUUCGUGCGGCUUGCUCGGAACUGAGCGCCGAAGUGAAGAACAACAGGAGAACAGCUGAUGAGACGACACGUCAGCAACGGACGCAGCUGCAGCAUGAGGUCGACAUCGUGACCCAGCGAAUGACUCAAGACCUGAUGACGCUGAAGGACGACGUCAAAGGCAUGUUUAACGACCGCCGGAUGAACGUGAGAGAGGAGCAGAGGACUAUGGAGAGCGCCGUUCGUCACCACUCCACCACGUCUCUUUUUUUUUUUUUCUCGGCUUCGCUAUCGCACCUCGCUAACCCCACAAUACAGAUUCAACGGCUGAACUUGAAGAU